GACGACGAUGUCCUUUGCCACCACCAAUUGGCCAGCAGAGGCGGGAGCGUUGGUUUCUGCACGCAAAUUUCUGCGCGAAUGCGCAGCACAGUCGAAGCACACUUUACUUGUUCCUGACAAGGACGCAGACGGCCUUAGUGGCACGCUGAUCAUAUACCGCACUCUCCGCGCUCUUGGGCAUGCUGCCGAAAACAUCAGCGUGCACUUCGUCGAGAAAGGGUCGAAUCCACAUCGGGAUGCGGAACGAGAGCGGCUCGCAGCUCACAGAGCAGAAUAUGCUGUGGUAGUAGAUCAAGGUAGCCGGCCGGGCCCCAGCUUGGUGCCGGGGGCAAAAACCCUCCUCGUAGACCACCACCUCAGCGAUGAGUUUCCUGAAGGAACAUUGGUUCUCUCAGCUUGCAAACAUGAACCCGUUGCCACAUCUGCGACGCUGGCGUACGUACUCUGCCGGCCGCUUCAUCGUACCGUUGUGUCCUCUUGCGACUAUCUGUGCGCCAUGGGCACCAUCGGCGAUCUUGGGACAACGUUCAAGUUCGAACCGCCUUUCCCUCAAGAGGAAAUGAAGGCCUGCUUCAAGAAGUACACGAAGAAGAGCAUAAAUGAAGCUGUCGGGCUAGUCAACGCUCCUCGGAGGACUGCUAUCUACGACGUCGAAUCUGCCUGGCAGGCUUUACUUCAUUCCACCUGUCCAACAGAUGUAACUUCACCACCUCGGAGCUCUGCCGACAAGGUCAAAUGGUCCCGGCGUCUGCACGACGCACGUCAGGAGAUCAACGCAGAGGUGGAACGGUGCAGUCAUGUUGCUCCGAAGUUCUCGGGCGAUGGACGCGUCGCCCUUUUGCGCAUACAUAGCGAGGCGCAGGUGCAUCCGGUCGUUGCGACUCGCUGGGCGGGCCACCUCAAGUCUCCCAGACUGCGAGUUGUUAUGGUCGCCAAUACAGGGUAUACUCCUGGGAUUACCAACUUCUCGUGCCGCGUCGCGCGCUGCGCCCGGCGCCCGGACGUUCCAGCCGUCGACAUCAUUGCGAUGCUGAAGGCGUACGCCGCGCGCGAGCCUGGGUUGACGGAGUCCAUGGGUCAGGAUUUUGCGCGGGGGCACAAACAAGCGAGCGGCGGUAUUGUGAGCACUGAACAGUUUGAGAAGCUAUGGCACGUGAUGGAGCAGAGUGAUACGGAGGGCGAGGAGAGCCCGAGGAAGAGGCGGAAGGUGGGAACGACGAGCGCUCAGAAGAACACGUUGGAAGGAUGGGUGAAAAGAGCUUGAUAGCAUCCGGCGUUCCUUUGUCACGAGGCAAUGAUAGAUGUAAUUGUAUUCGCCAUAAAAUGUGUAUUGUACAGAUGCAUGUAUCAAUGGCGAUAUGUAUCACGAAAACGGUAAUGCGCAUUCUAUGUUGUGUUGCUCCGCUGCUCCCCUGUACAUCACUGAGCCUGCACUU